UAUAUAUACUCCUUUCAACAUCCCCAUAGUUCGGUUACAUCCAUCAACCCUGGUCUAAUCCACCUUCUGAUCCCGACGUCAUUCAUACCCCGCGUUUUGCGAUGGCGUCCAUCCACCUCCUCGCCACCAUAACGCUCCUCAUCGUCAUCGCUUCAGCCCAACAGUGCAACCUCAAGACCCUCAAAACCUCUUAUCCUGCACCCGUUACCGAAGACAACUGGAGCUACGGUAUUAUUGCCAAUGAGCUCAGACGACCUCGAGGUAUUUUAUUCGAUAGCGAGGGUGCUCUUAUUGUUAUAGACUCUGGAAAUGGUAUAAUCCAUUUCGAACUCGACGAUGAAGGAGGAACCUGCCUGCAAGUCAGGAAGAAGACCACUCUACUAAAGAAGGAUAAUCUAAACCAUGGCAUCGCCCUCUCCAGAGAUGGACGUACACUCUACGCUUCCACAUCCGAUGAGGUCUUUGCGUGGCCCUAUGACCCAUCUAAAGUGACCCUCAGAAACUCUUCCGUCCAGACUCUAGUCUCCAAUAUGACUAAUGGAGGUCACACCUCACGGACCCUGCUUAUCUCGCAGAAACAUCCAGAUAUGCUGCUCGUGUCCCGCGGCAGCGAUGGGAAUGAUGACGCAGGGGCUGAAGACCGUGACUCUGGCCGCUCUCAGAUUCGUGCUUUUAACAUCUCGUCUUUCGGCAGCAAUUCCGAUAAAAAACCGUACGAUUACCUUGACGGCGUGAUUAUCGGCUGGGGUCUGCGCAAUUCUGUCGGCGUGGCAGAGCAUCCGGAGACAGGCGGCAUUUUCAGCGUUGAGAAUUCAGCCGAUGAACUACAUCGUGACGGCAAAGAUAUCCACAAGGACAACCCAGGCGAGGAGAUGAACUUCCACGGCUAUCUCAAUGGCUCUGAUGAUCAGGGCGGUAACUACGGCUACCCUCUUUGCUAUACUCUCUGGUCCACGGAUAACUUCCCAGAUCUCGGCGACCUCAAAAUAGGCGAUCAAUUUCCAGCUGAUCGUCAGGCUGACGGUGAUAAAGCUACCGCCCUUACUGACGCGGAAUGCAAGUCCGACUAUGUUGCCCCAGUACUUGCAUUCCAAGCCCAUACCGCGCCUCUAGACCUGAAGUUUAACGAGAAUGGCACAAGAGCCUAUAUAUCUUUCCACGGAAGCUGGAACCGUAAUCCGCCAGUUGGCUACAGAGUCUCGUACGUAGAUUUCCAAAACGGCCGCCCUGCAUCUUCUUCACGAAGCACAAACGCCACUACACCCAUCAUCUACAACAAAGAUCUCUCAAAGUGUCCGGAUGAAUGCUUCCGCCCCGUUGGUCUGGCGUGGGACUCUAAAGGCCGACUGUGGUUCAGUUCCGACAAGACGGGCGAGGUCUUUGUGUUGAGCCAGGAGAGCGGAUCAGGUUCGAGUGGAGGGAAUGGAUCUGAAUCCGGCGCUGGCAAUGACGAUGAUGAUAACGAUUCCGCCUCUCUACAGCCUGGAUCGGCUGCUUUCAUUAUAACUCUUGCCGCUUUGAUUAUAGGAGGCUUACUUGCGUGAUACUUCUAAGCGAAGGGUUUUCUUGAACUGCAAAUUGAUAAUGGCUGAAUUCGAUUAAACAUGUGUAUACAAUAG